AUGAAUAAGAUUUAAACAAGAGGUCUGGUGAUCCUUUAUCUUAUCGCAUUCCUUCAUGCUUCAAAAGUUGCAACAACGAUUAAGACUGUAGACUAAUCUAAAGCUACAGCCUUAACUCUUGCUCAAAGCUCACUAUAAUCAGGAUAAAGUGCUUGGGAAGUUUCGGCUUAGGUAGCAAACGUUGCUGAGAAAGCAGGUGCUUUUGCAAAAGAUAUUGCAAAGGCGGCUGAAAGUGCAUCAGCAUUGAAGAGUGUUGCUGGAGCAAUUGCUGCUAUCGGUCCGGCACUUGCAGCAUUAGGUGCUGUAGCUGCAUUUGCAUAGAUGUUUUUCCCAAGUCCAGUAGAAAUGAAGCUUGAUGCAAUCUAAGAUUCAAUCAAUAGCCUCUAGAAUAUGGUGUCAGAUAAGUUUGAUGAAUAGGCUUCACUCAUUAAGUCUAUAUCAUGUGGAGCGUAACUUUCACAACAUCUUAAUGAAAUCGAGACAAACUGGAGAUACUAUUAAAGUUAUGUUAAUAGUAGAGGAGCUGAUCCUGCUUAUAGAGCAUUAUUAUAAACCUUUGAUGGCGUUCCUGAAGCAGCCAUUUUCAUUUUGAAUGCCUUGAAUGGAAAAGUUACUAAUUGUGAUAUUAUCCAAAUUCUUUACGAAGGGGAUCAGCAAAAUGGAUUUAUGAGAGGAAGCCCUAAAUAUGUUGCUGCAACUCAAAAGUAUUUGAUGGAAGUCCAAAAAGCUAUUGCAAUGAUUGGUGUAUGGUAUGUUAAGACUGCAAACUUCUAAGGAAACUAAGUUGCAGGUGAAAUUGAAUUCAUUUAUGGAAGACAUAUUAGAGAUGCAUCAGAUAGAAUCUAAAACUACAUUCAAAGAUGCUAUGAUGAGUGGUAAUCUAAUGCUGAGUUCAAUAUGAAGAAAAUGUAUCCGGCCUUGAAAGAAUAAGGACCUACUGAGGUUGUGGUAGCAAUCAAGUAAAGAAUGAACGAGAUUCUCUAUGACUAGCAUGUAUUCGUAAACGUUUAUGAAGAUCCUGAAAACGGUGAACAUCAUACCAUUAUGGGACAGAGAUGGGCUGUGUUGAGAACCAGAGAUUUAAAUCUAGGCAAGAAACUAUUUAUAUCAGUUGUUACUGCACCCAAAUCAGAUACUACUGACUAUACUGAUAGACUUCACUUUAGAAGAGAGCUUGAUGGUAAGAUGAACAGCUACAUGAAUGUACAAAACUUCAUUAACAGCUAAUGGGGAAAUAUUUCUAAUAGAGGACUUGCAGGCAUUCACAUAUGGAGAAAGGGUGAUUGGUGGUAAGAAGCCUACAGAAGUGAUGAAAAGCCGGGUAUGUGGUACUGUAACCUUAAUGGGAGACUCCAUUUCUACACAGGAUCUUGGUACAAAUACUACCUUUGGGCCUGA